UUAAGAUGGCGGCCCCCAUGCCACAGAAAAAGUUUUAUCGACAACGAGCUCAUUCUAACCCACAUUCCGACCAUUCAUUUGAGUACCCCCUCAGACCAGACGAGAUGGACUGGAGUCAAAUCUAUCCAACUUUCUUCUCUUCACCAAAUGAUAAAACUCAAGUAGCAAAUGGAGACUCUUCAGCCAAAGUUGAGUUUCUAGAUGUUGGAUGCGGAUAUGGGGGACUCCUUGUUUCGCUGUCGACGAUGUAUCCAAAGACACUAAUGCUCGGUAUGGAGAUACGGAUGAAGGUGUCCGAUUACGUUCAAGAUCGAAUCAAAGCUUUGAGACAGAAUCAAGAAGGUUUAUAUCAGAAUGUUGGCUGUCUCCGAGGGAAUGCUAUGAAACAUCUUCCAAACUUCUUCUCUAAAGGACAGAUUUCUAAGAUGUUUAUUUUAUUUCCUGAUCCACACUUCAAGAAAACUAAACACAAGUGGAGAAUUAUUAAUCAGACCCUUUUGGCGGAGUAUGCUUAUGUUAUAAAAGAAGGGGGAUUGUUGUACACAAUAACAGAUGUGAAGGAGCUUCAUGAAUGGAUGUGUCAACAUUUAAAUGAACAUCCAUUAUUUGAAAGGAUCUCUGACCAACAACAGACUGAGGAUCCAAUCACAGAGCUGCUUGGGAGUUGUACUGAAGAAGGUCAAAAGGUCACUCGUAACCAUGGAGACAAAUUUCCAGCCAUUUUUCGACGCAUCCCCGAUAACUAUUCAUGACAAAGUGUUGGACAGGAUCUGAAAUUAAGUUGACUUUAAAUAGACACAAAGGCUGUGUGAUACUCUUGAUACCAUUUCCAAAUUUACUGACCAUUUGAAAACAUUCAAACUGCACUUUUUGUAUGGUGGCAGAACUGUACACAUAACUAAAACUCUACACAUGUGUGUGCUGUGUAGAUGCAUUCACUACAUGCUAUCAUAUUGGAGGCUGUCAUAGUUAAUGUAUCAUUCAUAAUGAUAUUGAAGGCUGUCAUAGUUAAUGUAUCAUUCAUAAUCACUGUGGAUGAUAAUGGUCAGACAGUAGGAGGGUUGACAGUGUAGUGUAGAUCUAUAUACCACACUAUAUUCCAAUGAUACAAGCUGGUAACCACAUGAAUUUGCCGAGCACAGACAAAAAACCUGCAUCAUAGAAACAGGUUACCAGCCACAAUGCCUUAAAGUUUACAUUAUUAUACACAUGUCAAGUAUAUUCUUUAUCAUAAUUAUACAUUUUUAUUCAUACUCAUAAUUUGCCGAUAGACAUAAUGUGUAUAGUGGCAAGUACUAAACUAUAUUAAAGUUAAGGUUUUGUUUCUUUAACCAGAAAGUGAUCAGAAAUAAUUGUUUUUUAAUUCAAUGUAUCUGAGACAUGUACAAUACGUGUGUGUCACAUGUCUGCCAUUAUGUAUUUACUGCCACAACGCGCUAAAACCAAACUGGAUGGUAGUGAAUGGAAAGACAGUAGGAGGGUUGACUGUUAACUGUACAGAUGUAUUCAUGGUGUUUAAGUCAAAACUAUAGAAUUGAAUGGUCAGAAAGUAGGAGGGUUAAAGUGUUUAUCUGACACUGAACUUAAUGACAUUCUAAUCAAGUAAAAACAUGUAUUAACAUUCUUGCAAACCUCAUGGUAAAUGUCAAAUAAUCUGAAGAGAAAUAAAGAUUAUUUUUCUGUUUUACUCUUUCA